CGUAUCAAAUCCCUGUUCCUUCACUUCUGUUGCCAGACACGUUAAGAAGAGUUGAAGGAAGUACACCCCAGACGAGUUUUACCGCGAACGUCCUGACAAAAAACGCAUCCUUGGCUUCAGAAGACGGCACCAUGUCGUUUGUACGCCAGAGCAAGUUCCGCCAUGUCUUCGGCGCGGCGAUGAAAAAAGACUCGCACUACGAGGGGAUUCCAGUCACCCGUAACUCCUUUGACUCCACGUUCUGCGCUGUCAACCCAAAAUUCUUGGCUAUAGUCACCGAGGCCGCGGGCUCCUUCCUGGUCCUGCCAAUUGAAAAGGUGGGCCGUGUGCCCGACAACCCUCCCAUGGUGACGGGACAUCGGGACGCGGUGCUGGAUAUUCAGUGGAGCCCCUGGAAUGACAACAUGAUCGCCAGCUGCUCUGAGGACAAGACUGUAAAAGUGUGGGAGAUCCCUGAGAACGGUCUUGUUGAGAACAUCACGAAGCCCGCGCUCACGCUGGCGCAUCACCAGCGCGCCGUGGGCAUCAUCGCCUGGCACCCCACCGCAGAAAACAUCCUCCUGAGCGCAGGUAAAGACAACCUGGUGGUGAUCUGGAAUCUUUAUACGGGGGAGGUCGUGUCUGAGAUCGCGUGUCACCCGGACCUCCUGUGGUCGUGUGUCUGGAACUACAACGGCACGCGCAUCGUCACUACCUGCAAAGACAAGUCGCUACGUGUGAUCGACCCCCGCAAAGGGGAGGUCAUCUCUGAGAGGAAGUAUGCUCACGAAGGUGCAAAGCCACAGCGCGCCGUGUGCCUGAAGGACGGACGUAUCUUCACCACGGGAUUCUCCAAGAUGAGCGAACGCCAGUACGCCCUGUGGGACGAUAACAACCUGAGUGAACCAAUCAUCCUGGAGGAGCUUGACACUAGUAACGGGGUCAUCUUCCCGUUCUACGACCCUGACAGCAGCAUGGUGUAUCUGGGAGGCAAGGGUGACAGUAUCAUCCGUUACUAUGAAGUAACAGACCAGCCUCCCUUUGUGCAUUGGAUUAGUAAUUUCAGCACCUCAAGCAAGCAGCGAGGCCUGGGCUUCCUGCCAAAGAGGGGGGUCAACGCCCUCCAUAAUGAGAUAGCCAGGUUCUAUAAGCUGCAUCCAGAUAAAUGCGAACCAAUCAGCUUUACAGUUCCAAGAAAGUCGGAGUUGUUCCAGGAGGACCUGUACCCAGACACUGCCAGCCAGACCCCCGCGCUCUCGGCGGACGAGUGGCUCGAGGGGAAGGUCGCUGACCCCAACCUGAUGUCCUUCCGCGAGCUGGCCGGCGUCCUGCCGCAGAAACCCAAGACAACCAAGCUGCCGCAGAAACCCAAGCUGACCAAAAAAACGGCUGACACCGUUGCUGACGGCACGUGCCUUUCCAUGACGAUAGUUCGCAUCACCACCAGCCUGACACAGGACCAGAUCAGCGACGACUUCAUCAAGGAGACCGUCAAGAUGGUGUCAGGACAGGUCAACAAGGAGGAGGGGAGGGUGAUGGUCCAUGUGGAUGCUGGGCAGAGGAUCUACAUGGGGGGCUCCUUCGAUCCGUUUCUGCUGUUUGAGAUGUCGGACAUCGACACGCUUGAUCAGGAAGCCGGCAGGGAGAAGUUCACAAAGGUGUUCUUCGACUUCCUGUCACAGAAACUGCCGGUCAAGUACGAGAGGAUCCAAGUGAUUUUUCACCGCCUGCCAGCUAACGAAGUCGGGGAGAAAGGCACGCUGAGGUCCAACAUUGAAGUCUGAUGCAGCCAGAAGUUCACUGCUUCCUUUGUUUAUCAAUGACGAUGAAGUUUAUCGCAUACCCAUGCCCCAAUGGGGCCACAUGCAGUCAGUUUGAUACAAAAGGUAGUAAACGCAAAAAUAUACAAAUACUAUAGUUAACUUGCAUCUUCUCUCUUACUAAACAUUUGUAGGCUAACUUACAUAGGGAGAUUUCCCACCAUAUUGUGGUCAGCUGAUGGCAUAAGAUAUUUGAACAUAUCUUACUUCAUCAUGUGUGCAUAUGUCUGAUCUACAUGUGUGGCAAUAACGAAUGUAUUACGUAUGACAAAAAGCGAAUGUAUUACGUAUGACAAAAAGCUGUCCUCGUCGACAUGACAGAUGAACAACACGUAGAUCAUUAUAUAGUGAACACUCUAGGGCAAAGUGCAUUUCGUUUUCUACAUGCUUGUGGUUCUGAUAUACAGAAAAUAGUAACCCCAUACAAUAGUGGUACACUUAUACCUCAAUUGUCAAGAUGAUAGGUGCCAGUUUGUGUACAGUUAAACAUGCUGAUUCGGAAUCCACCUACAGUAGGCGUUAUUUUCCAUCUCAGAAACGGCCGUUCCUUUAAACGUGUUGUAGCAUAUUGCAUUACAUAACGGUGCUCAUUUGCAACAUCAUGCCCGAAGGCUAAUUGCACAAUGACUAAGGGAUCUAGUAGAUAGUAUGAUACAUAAAACUAUUGUCUUAUCAACUAUAUAAUACAAUGAAUACUAUUGUCGGGCUAGACUUCUUCUUUGAAGGCCUUGGCUAAUAUACAUGAACUGCCCAA